AUGGAUCUCUGCAAGGGUCACACAAGGAUUACAUCAGGAAAAGCCCUCUCUGUGCAACCUGGAGAGAAGUGGAACUGCAGGAAGACUAUGGAAACACUGCUCAAGGAGAUUGAGCAAAAUAGAUUUGAUAACCCCAUGUCCAUUGCCCAGAUCCUUCCUUCCCUGUACGGCAAAACUUAUUUAGACGUGCCCGAUGUUGCCUGUUCUACUGAUCAAGAGGUGAGACAAAGUCUACCUAGGAACUCUAGCCCUGUCUCGACUUCGGCUUCAAAUAUCACAGUGACUUACACAAUCAAUAACCAACUGAGGGGGGUGGAACUGAUCUUCAAUGAAACAGAGACCGUCAGCGUGAAAAAGGGAUCAGUUCUCCUUGCUGUUUUAGAAGAAGCCCAGCGCAAAAACCCAACAUUCAAAUUUGAAUACAAAAUGACAUCCUGGGGCCUUUAUGUCACCUCCAUCAACAACAUUUAUGAGGUGGAAAACCACAGGACCUACUGGCAAUUUCUUAGUGGCAAAAUUCCUUUGGACCAAGGAGUUAGCUACUACGUCCCCUAUGAUAAUGAACACAUCACAGCCAACUUCACACAGUACUAA